GGUAAAUAAUUUUUAUGACCAAAAGGGCUAGAAGCCGUUUCUCUUUACAGCCGUUAAAAUUUUUAAAAGUAUCAUAAAACUUGUUUAUAAAACUGUGAUUAAACUUUGAAUAUUGAAGUGUGGUGCCAUGCAUAACACAGUGCCAUACUCCAUAGAUUUCGAUACUUGUAUAAUUUUCAAUUGAAAUGAAAAGUUUGCCAUUCCAUUUGAUUGAGCUUCUUUACAUUUGAUAUUAGUAGUACCAGAGUAUACUGUAAGAAACAGAUUGUUUUCUGUAUUUAAAAUCUAUAUGCAAGUUUAUACUUGUUAUCGGUCCCGUUAGAUUGCUUAAAUAAGCACUUGUGUAACUAUUUCAUGUUUACCAAAGCAGUUAUCAUUUAACGAGGAGCAUUUGGUAAAGAAUGUCUGAAAUUGUUUUUUAGAAAUCAUUCAGUAUCAAAAUGACGUUCCAUAAGUGCAGACUGUGCUUGAAAAUUGGUGAUUUUUGUUCCAUCUUCGAAAAGGAUGAUACCACAAAAUUAUCUGAUAUGGUUAUGUCAUUCGCCGAUGUAAAAAUAUUCGAAGGAGAUGGCUUUUCAGACCGUGUUUGUACAUCGUGUAUUGAAAACCUUAGUACAGCAUACUUGUUUAAACAACAAUGCGAAAGAAUUGAUUCCUUACUUAGAAAAUAUCCUGAAAUAGAAAUUGAUAAACCUGCUACAACAGAUUAUAAUGAUUUUUGUGAAAAAGAAUUUCACAUGCACACAGAAUCAACUCAAGAUGAUAAUGAUGAGAAUUCAGUGAAAGAUUUAAACACAACUCGAAGUAGUUCCUUCUAUGAAACCAGUGAUGAGACUGAUAGUGAUAUUGAUUCAAUAAAAUGUGUUUAUUGUAGUCAAUCAUAUAGUAACUAUGGUGCUCAUACCUGCCAUGUAACAUGCACCAUAGAAAAUAAUAACCUUCAGCGCUCGGGCAGCAAUGAGACCCUUGUUGCCUCGGAUUACACUCAGCCAAUGAGACAACAAGAACCUAUACCAACAUCCUUUCAAAUACCAGAAUAUGUAAGAGUGUCAUGUGUCCUGUGCGAUGAAAAAUUUGAUCAAUAUGAUGACUAUGUUAUUCACUUAAAUAGAUGUACAACUAAUGUUAAAUUACACCAUUUUGUGUGUCCUGUGUGCCAUGAAUUGUUUACUGCCAAAUUAUCAUAUUUGGAACAUUUAAAAGUUGUCCAUUAUAAGGCUGAUCAAAAUCUUAAUGAUCCUGGAAUUGAUUGUGUUGAUUUUGCACCCACCAUACAGAAGACUAGUAAGCCAAAAGCUGUUAGAAGACAAAUUGGGUGGUCAAUUGAAGAUAUUUACCAAGAAAUUGAAUGUAAAAAUAUUGAAGAGAAACCAGCACCCAAUACAAGCCCCUUUAAGAACUUCUUUUCUAAGUUGGGGAAUGAAUCAUUUAGCCGUCAGAGUACACCUAAGAAAGUGAGUUUUCGUAAAUUUAUUGAAAAUGGAAAAGCUAAGACAUCUGUAUAUUUACCGUUUCGAAAGUACAUACAAAACUAUAAGCAAAAAAAGAAAGCCACUAAUUAUAGUCCAAUAAACUCGAAAAUGGAGGUUACAAGCAGGGUUCAAGCAACUUUUCCUGAAACCAUAUCAGACAGUGAGUAUGGCUCCCCUAGUGGUACAUCAGAAGAUUCAUGGAAAAUGAAACAAAAUUUAAUAUGCGCAUGUGACAAGAAAAUAUUUAUGCUCUCAGAAUUCAUACAUGAUCGUGAUAGAAUAACAGCGAUGAUCAAUGAAUUGGGUGGUGUUGUCGCAGAGAAUACCAAAAUGGAAAUGUUAGCAACGCACUUUAUAUCAGUAUUGCCGAAUGACACAUUCACUGGCAUGAUGGUGUGCUCCCUGGCAACUGGCAAGUGGCUGUUAAACAUCAGUUUCGUGUAUGAUAGUUUUAGAUGCAAAAAGUUUUUGCAGGAAAAUAUGUACGAGUGGCUGAAGAAUCCAAAAAUAGUUGAGAUCGAUAAUACUAGUGUGGAAGUCGCUAAAGCCGCCGUUUAUUGGCACAUGGAACUUCAAAAAAAGCAUUCCAAGUUCCCAUUUGAAGGCAAGCAGAUUGUUUUAAUAAUGAAGAAAAAAUACCGCCAAUAUUAUCAAAUGGUUUUUAAAACUUUGAAAGCCAAGCCAGUCACUUACGAUCCCAGGACGCCUGGCAGUUGUUGUUCAGCUGAUUAUUGUUUCGUCGAUAUGAAGAUAAUAGAAAGAGUGAAAUUACGUUUUUUCUUCCAUCACAAUGUUCCUGUAUUUCCCUAUCAAUACAUACUUGUAUAUCUUUUGAAAAGAGGCCGCGUUGAUGACGAACACAAAUAUUUAUUACAAGAUUGUAGUAAAAUAAAGGAUAAAGAUUAUUUUUUAAAUAAUACUUGUUAAAGAAAAUUUAUUGAGCAAUAUUUUAAGCAAUAAAAUUUUACUUAAAAAUAUAUCUCCUAAGUAGUAUGUAGGAAAAUAAAAGAGACGGUUUAAAGGAUAAUGACUUGUGAGUCAUAUAUAAUGGAUAAGAAUAAAGAUUUAUUUUAUUAA